CUCAUUCAGGAAAUACGUUUAAUAGUGUCGCUGUCACAACAACGAAAAUGGCACCCAACAGGAAUAUAUGCUUUCCUGCAACAACUUUCCUUUCAAAACCAAAAUUGUAGUUAAAGUGUCAUCCAUGAGGUUUAGAUUUAAAAUCCUUGCGAUGAGAAUAAACGUCGGGUUCUGGAUAGCACAGUCGUGGGAAUGACUCUUGGGCUGAAUUUGAUAAUAUUUUGCAAUUUAGUUUUAAAUUAUAUUUCCUCGUUUUGGGAUUAUGCAAUAUUAACGGGGAGGAAGCCGUAAACAAAUUUAGCAAUAGUUACCGGGUAAAUCUUAUGCACAUGGCACACAGUGGAUUUGGUAACUUGGCUGUUCACAUCCAACGCAAACUGGUUUGAUCCGUAACCCGCGUGCACUAGAUUAAUGAGCGUGUAAUCGUCGGGAAUGGCGAGAGGGUCGCGCGCGUCUGUGGAUGUGGAGUACAGUCCAGUGGGAGAGGGGCUCGGCAUGCGGGACUUCUGGCUGUACGUGUGGCUGCGCAGAGUGUCUGUGAUCACCGCGCACAUCAUCUCAGUCGGCCUGGUUUUUCUCACAUCCAUACUGUCCAGACCGGGAACAAGUCUUUUCUCCUGGCAUCCUGUUUGCAUGUCACUUGGGUUUUGCCUGUGCAUGACAGAAGGGAUUCUGCUCUUCUCGGCCGAGGGGAGUCCAUUCUGCUUCAAGUCUCGUAAAUGGAAGGUCCGCCUGCAUUGGUUCUUCCAGGCUCUGCUGCUGGUGUUCGGAGCUACAGGUUUUGGUUUCAUGGUGGCCAGUAAGAACGUAUCCGAGCAUUCUCACUUCACCUCGUGGCACAGCCUGCUGGGCGUCACCACGAUGGUCGCUACCAUGCUGCAGGCCACCUGCGGCGUCUUUCUUCUGUUUCCCAAGCUCAUCAGCGCUCAGUCGUUUCCUCGGAUGAGACUCUAUCAUGCCACCUGCGGCCUGGUGGCUUACCUGUUGUCCGCCGUCACUGUCAUGGCAGCCAUGUUUACAGACUGGUUUCAGGCUAUGGUGAAAGGCGUCACGUGGUACAUUUUCUUCCUCCUUCCGCUUUUUCCUGCCUUAGUGGUGAUGAAUCAAAUCACUAGUGCCUUUCUGCCCAAGAAGAAGAUUACAAGCUGAAAACAAAAGCCUUGUGUUAUUGUAGUACGUUUUAGACCACCCCAAGGAGAGCACUUUGUAAGAGACGGUUCCCUAGUUCAGAGAAAGCAGUUUCCAGGACUGUAAAAGCAGUUCUUGUGCACAUUUGCUUCCUAGAAAUGUCCAUGUUAGAAUAGAUUGGCUGCUUGCUAUAUUCACUUCAUCAUGUCGUAUUCUUACAAGGUCAAGAGGUUCUUCUUAAAACCAAGCUUUUUAACAGUUACAAGGAAGCUAUACAAUAAAAAAAGCUAUUCACCUCAAGAACAUCAGUCAUAGCGUUAAAGAAAACAACAUCCUCGGCAACGGGAUUCAGCUUAAAGGUGCUGUCACAUCUAAUAACAUGAAAGCACUCGGUGCACCUUUAAUGAUGCGGACCGCUUUGCAACUUGCACAUUGUAAAGAACAUUUAUAUAUCUGAUUCUGUCUACUUGAACAGUUGGAUUUGAAGUGAGUUGAAGACUUUUUAUGGAAUUGUUUGAGAACUAUUGACAUCCGUUGUGUUCUAGUACUAUGCACUGAACUCAGGCACUCUUAGAUCGCAUCUUACACACCAGUGGGUGUCAUUCGUUCUUAGUUGUAAAUUGGUUUUGUUUUAAUGCUUAGUUUAUCACAUUGUUUAUCAUGCUUCUAGUGGGACAAGAUAGCUACAGUUUUUUCUUCAUGUGGUUUGUUUGAUAUGCAUUGCUUACUAACACACACACACACACACAGUAGAUGAUUGUUCUGUUCUGAGAAUGUAAUGCUUAUUUAACCUUUCAUGUGUUUGGCUUAUACAGGAACAUCCUUAAAGGGACAGUUCAACAAAAAAGCACAAUUCUGUCAUCAUUUACUCACCUUCGAGUUGUUCCAAAUCUUUAUAAACUUCUUUGUUCUGAUGAACACAGAGAAAGAUAUUUGGACGAAUGCUUGUAACCAAACAGUUCUUGGACACCAUUGACUCCCACAGUAGGAAGAAUGACAAUGGUAGUGAAAGUGCCCCAAGAACGGUUUGCUUUCCUGCAUUCUUCAAAAUAUCUUUUUUGUGUUUAACAAAACAAAGAAAUGAAUUAAGCAUUUUUUUCUACUAUGGGAGUCGAUGGUGGCCAAGAACUGUUUGGUACAAGCAUUCAUCUCCGCGUUCAUCAGAACAAAGAAAUGUAUAGAUUUGGACCAACUUGAGGGUGAGUAAACGAUGACAGAAUCUUCGUUUUUGGGUGAACUGUUUCUUUAAGUUAGUUUCAUUAUAGCGUAUUGUGCAGGUUUUAUUUAGUUUUAUUUAAUCUAAUGAAAAUAUGUUUUUGGUUGGUGAAAUUUGAAUGCAGUGAACAUACUAUUGUACAUCUUACAGGUUAUGAGAUUUAAAACUAAGCAUCCAUGAAUGUAAAAAAGAAUGACUCAGGGUUUUACUAUAUUGGCAUAUCAAGUAUACAAUGCUAUAUUUUUGGCUAUAUUUUAACAGUAUUUGAUGAUUAAAGUGAGCUGUACAAUAAAAGAUUGAAUUCA